UCGGCCACUCUCGCCCGCCCGUCGGUAGCUGGGCCUCCACCUCCACCUCCUCCGGCCCCGGGACCACCGAGGGGCGUGGGGCGGUAACAUCAGCCACACCUCCGCCAGAUCUUCUCCCCGCCGCUUAAUUCACCUCGUGCGCGCGCGCCGCCGCUAGCUUACCUUGGCCGCGUAAGGGGAGCAGGAGCACGGCCGGAUCCCAUGUCGGGGGCAAUCGCUUCCUCGCCGGCGGCCUUUCACUUGCUUGCUGGCUCCUCCUCAGCAACCUCCUCUUCGCCGAGGCGCAGGUGGGGCAGGGUGAGCGGUUCCGUGGGCUCGUUCGGUGGCACGGGGCUGCGGUUGCAUUGGGCGCGGCCGGGUUUGGUUCGGGACGGAGCGGUGGUGUGCUCGGCCUCGGCCGCCGGUGGUGAGGAUGGCGCCGGGAAGGCCAAGCCAGCGGGGAGCUCCAAGGCGGUCGCUGUGAAGGGCAGCACGGCCAAGGGUGAUGAUGUCGAGGAUUCAGUUUCAUCACCCAAGCAGAAUGGGGCGCUUGGGAGUAGUCCUAGCAAAUCUGAUGCACCAGUUUCCAAACCCAAAGUUGGGCCGUCAGUUCCUGCCUCCAAGGCUGAAGCUGAUGGUAAUGCACAAGUUGCAGAGUCGAAGUCUGCAAUGGGCGAUAAGGAGGACGUUGGUGUUACUGGACCAUUGGAUGCUAAGGCUGAUCCUGGUGUAGAUGUAGAAGCUGCAAGCUCUGCAGAUGACAUUGAGAACAAGGAAUCCGGACCAUUGGCAGGGGUAAAUGUGAUGAAUGUCAUCGUGGUGGCUUCUGAAUGUUCCCCCUUUUGUAAAACAGGUGGUCUUGGAGAUGUUGUUGGUGCUUUGCCCAAGGCUCUGGCAAGAAGAGGACAUCGUGUUAUGGUUGUGAUACCAAGAUAUGGAGAGUAUGCAGAAGCCAAGGAUUUAGGUGUACGCAGACGUUACAGGGUAGCUGGACAGGAUUCAGAAGUGAAUUACUUUCAUGCUUUUAUCGAUGGUGUUGAUUUUGUGUUUCUAGAGGCCCCUCCUUUCCGGCACCGGCACAAUGAUAUUUAUGGAGGAGAAAGAUUUGAUGUUUUGAAGCGCAUGAUUCUGUUUUGCAAAGCUGCUGUUGAGGUUCCUUGGUAUGCUCCGUGUGGUGGUACGGUCUAUGGUGAUGGCAAUCUAGUCUUCAUUGCAAAUGAUUGGCAUACUGCACUUUUACCCGUAUAUUUGAAGGCAUAUUACCGAGACAAUGGCUUGAUGCAGUAUACUCGCUCUGUUCUUGUGAUACACAACAUUGCUCAUCAGGGUCGUGGUCCUGUGGAUGACUUCGCCACGAUGGACUUGCCUGAGCACUACAUCGAUCAUUUCAGACUGUACGACCCCGUCGGCGGUGAGCACAGCAAUGUGUUUGCUGCUGGCCUGAAGAUGGCUGACCGUGUGGUCACCGUCAGCCAUGGGUAUCUAUGGGAGCUGAAGACAAUGGACGGUGGUUGGGGCCUUCACGAGAUAAUAAACAACAACGACUGGAAGCUGCACGGCAUCGUGAACGGCAUCGACAUGGCCGAAUGGAACCCCGAGGUCGACGUGCACCUGCAGUCCGACGGCUACACCAACUACACGUUCGAGACGCUGGACACCGGCAAGCGGCAGUGCAAGGCGGCGCUACAGCGGCAGCUGGGCCUGCAGGUCCGCGACGACGUGCCGCUGAUCGGGUUCAUCGGUCGGCUGGACCACCAGAAGGGCGUGGACAUCAUCGGCGACGCGAUGCCGUGGAUCGCCGGGCAGGACGUGCAGCUGGUGAUGCUGGGCACGGGGCGGCCGGACCUGGAGGAGAUGCUGCGGCGGUUCGAGUCCGAGCACCACGACAAGGUGCGCGGGUGGGUGGGGUUCUCGGUGCCGCUGGCGCACCGCAUCACCGCGGGCGCCGACGUCAUCCUCAUGCCGUCGCGGUUCGAGCCGUGCGGGCUGAACCAGCUGUACGCCAUGGCGUACGGCACCGUGCCCGUGGUGCACGCCGUCGGCGGGCUCCGCGACACGGUGCCGCCGUUCGACCCGUUCGCCGACACGGGGCUCGGCUGGACGUUCGACCGCGCCGAGGCCAACCAGAUGAUCGACGCGCUCGGCCACUGCCUCAACACGUACCGGAACUACAAGGAGAGCUUUAGGGCGCUCCAGGCGCGCGGCAUGGCGCAGGACCUCAGCUGGGACCACGCCGCCGAGCUAUACGAGGACGUCCUCGUCAAGGCCAAGUACCAAUGGUGAGUGUACCCCGGUGCCUCUCGCUGAUACCGCGCUCGCGUGGCGCGUUUUUUCUUCUCUAGGCGGCUCUGCACCGGACGCACUGCGUUCGCACGCACGAUGGCUGUGGCGCGCCGUGGAGACGGCGGCAUGCGAUGCCGUGCCGGCAUGCCACCGCGCGGCAGGAGCAAAGUGAGCAACGGUGCAAGUGACCCUAGUGCUGGUCAGGUUCCAAGCAAGUUCAGUGUUGGAUGUUGUAACCAUCUUCAGAAUCUUGUCAAUGUCAUCCCUUUCAUAUAAGCAGUAAAAUUACAGGGCUUCUACCGACGAAAGUGCAAAACCAAGGGAUAGGAAC